UUAUUUAUUUCUUAGAAGCACAGCAAAGUCCAUGGGAAGUCUUUCUUCUCACACACACGUGUAUGUUGUGGCUGAUUGGUGGUCUAAGAUUUCCAGAAUGGUCACAUUGAUUAUCUAUGCAAAGGCUGAUCAUUGAUCAAUGGAAGGUACAAUCAGUAGAUCUAAUAUCACGUGUUACAUUCUAGCAGUCGCUAAUGCAAACUGUCUCCCACACGUUAAACUUUCAUUCUGUCCUCUCAUUGACCUGUUUGACAGGUGUGCUCAUGUGCUGACCAAUCAGCAGUGAGCUUAUGCUUCCAUGAAGACCUUUGACCCCUGGGUUUGGAACGGCGUAACUACCUUGAAUGUUUUGUGUUGUUUUGUUGCCAGUUUGAGACAAAUGAAACUUGUGCUGCUUUUCACCACAAUAAACCAGGACAAACAUUCAUCAUUCAUCUGUGUGCGUGUGCGUGCGUGCACAGUGAGAGUAAGGGUAAUCUGGAAGUAAUCUGUUAAUAUUAUUAAGGUGUUAGGAACUGUUAAGUCACUGUGGCUCUUCAUGCGUGCGUCUUCUCAAACCUCCUGUGGACAGGUUUGUGUCAUCUGUGUGUGUGUGUGUGUGUGUGUGUGUGUGUCUGUCUAUAUGUCUUCAUGUGUGUGUUCACAAAUGUCUACAUGUGUGUUUAGUGUGUAUACGUGUUAAAGUGUGUAUACAUGUGUUUAGUGUGUAUUCGUGUGUCUACACGUGUUAAUGUGCGUGUACGUAUGCCUUCAUUGUGUGUGUGUGCGUGUGAUGUAUGUGCACAUCCGUGUGGGAUGUGAGUGUAAGAAGAGCAUAUAGCAAGAAUGCAUUCCUUGCAUGCAUGUGUGUUGCAGCUGUGCUCUUGUUGCCAUGGAGUCGCUGGUCAAACAUCUGUCCAGAUGCCAACAUCUUGGCUGGAUGAAUGUGAUUGAACUGAAGAGCGCCUCCUUCCAUUGGCUGUCCUGUGGUCAGAGGGCGGAGCCAAACACGUGGCGCAAGAUGUUCUGCAUCCUUUCCGACUGUCGUUUGCUGCUGCUGGACAACCUGGAGGUUCAUCCUUUGCUUCUGUCAGAGAGGGCGGAGACUUGUACGGUGUGGUUGAUAAGAUACACCCUCCAUGUGACCUCAGCACCUGCUCACUCCACCUGCAAAGACCAACCGCAGCCAAGAACGAGUCGACAGAGCGUGCUCAAUUGCGCCUUGGACACGCCCACCACCGGCGUUACGGGGUUCCUGUCCAGGACGUUGAAACAGUCCCUUCGCAGAACUCACUCCCACCCAAAAGACUUUCACCCGAACAGCGACAACAUGGCUGACAGGUGUGUAAUGCGGCGGCUGCGUUGCGGUAGCCAGGAAUCUCUCUUUGGGCCAGGGGGCGUGGCCUCUUUGGAGCUCAAGAUGGACCAGUCAGUGAUCAUCAAACCAGUUCACUCAUCCCUGCUGGGACAGGACUAUUGCUUUGAGGUGACCACCUCCACAGGGACCAAGUGUUUCUCCUGCCGAUCGGCAGCAGAACGAGACAAAUGGAUGGAGAACCUCAGAAGAGCCGUGCAGCCCAACAAAGACAACAGCAGACGAGUAGAGAACGUUCUGACGCUGUGGGUGAUUGAAGCCAAGGACCUGCCAGCCAAGAAGAGGUACUUCUGUGAACUUUGUCUGGAUGACAGCCUGUACGCACGCACGUCUUGUAAGAUGAAAACAGACAACAUAUUUUGGGGCGAACGCUUCGACUUCAGCAGCCUUCCGUCCGUCAGCGCCGUGACUCUUCACAUCUACAAAGACACGGACAGGAAGAGGAAGAAGGACAAGAGCAGCUACGUUGGCUUGGUCAACAUCCCUGUUGUCACGGUAACAGGAAGACAGCUGGUGGAGAAGUGGUACUCAGUGAGCAUGCCCAGUACCAUCAGAGCAAAGUCGUGCGUACCGACGGUGCGUGUUAAGGCUCGGUACCGGAGUGUGGUCAUCUUGCCGAUGGAGCAGUACAAAGAGUUUGCAGAGUUCAUCAGUGCCAACUACCUGCUGCUCUGCAACACACUGGAAGCUUCCAUCGGCUUGAGAGCCAAAGAAGAACUUGCUGCAGUGCUGGUCCACAUCCUGCACAGCACUGGCAAGGCCAAGGACUUCCUGACAGACUUAAUGAUGUCAGAGGUGGACCGUUACCACGACAACGAUAAACUGAUCUUCAGAGAAAACACCCUGGCAACCAAAAGCAUUGAGGAAUACUUGAAGCUGAUUGGACAGAAGUACCUGCAGGAUGCACUGGGGGAGUUCAUCAAAGCUCUUUACGAGUCGGAUGAGAACUGUGAGGUGGACACGUCUCGCUGUGUGACGUCUGACCUGGCUGAGCAUCAGGCCAACUUGAGGAUGUGCUGCGAACUUGCAUUCUGCAAGAUCCUCGACUCCUACAGGGUGUUUCCUCGGGAGCUGAAGGAGGUGUUUGCGUCAUGGCGGCAAGAGUGUAGUAACCGGGGGCGACCAGACAUCAGCGAACGUCUCAUCAGCGCCUCGCUUUUUCUGCGCUUUCUGUGUCCGGCAGUGAUGUCGCCGUCGCUCUUUGACCUCAUGCAAGGCUACCCGGACGAGCGCACAGCACGCACGCUAACGUUGAUCGCUAAAGUCAUCCAGACCCUCGCCAACUUCAGCAAGUUUGGCACCAAAGAAGAGUACAUGCUCUUCAUGAACGACUUUGUGGAACGCCAGUGGAACAGCAUGCAACGUUUCCUCCAAGAGAUCUCCAACCCGGACGGCCUGAAUCACACCGCCGGCUUUGACGGCUACAUCGACCUCGGACGGGAACUAUCCAGCCUGCACACCCUGCUCACUGAGCUGGACCAGUCAUGUCUGUCUAAGCUGAGUCCACUUCCACGGAUCCUAAGAGACGUGUCGGCAGCUCUGGCGAACCCGGGGGGUGUGGCUUAUCCUGGCAAAGUAUCGGCUUCCUCUCCAGAGCUCCAGCGCUUGGUGUCUCCACCCCCUCUAGCCCCACCCCUCUCUCCUCCUCUGGCAGCCUGCAAUCCCUCACUUGGCCAGCAGUGUGGGGUUGGACUGGAUGGGGGGCUAGUGGACUUCACCAGGCUGCCGUCGCCAACUCCAGAGAACAAAGACUUAUUCUUCGUCACUAAAGGGUCAAGUCUGCAGCCAGCAUCAGGCCUGCGUGGCUCUCCGGCCCCGAGCUCCUCCUACUCGGAGCCCAAUGAUGAAGUGGCGUUUGACCUCGGCAAUGGCGGCCGGAGGGAGGGGCAAGAAAUGAUGGCGGAGAGUCGCAGUCUGUCUCUGAUCGACCUGCAGGACUCCUCCCCCAAUGAUGCUCUUGAUGACAGCCAAUGGCAGCGUAGGGCGGGGCUCCUGCCUCUGUCUUUCCAGAACCCAGUCUAUCAUAUGUCAUCACGGCCACCACAUCAGCCCGAGGCCACGCACCCCGAUGGCUCAGUGACCUCGCAGGGCAACGGCGACGACAGGCACGCCGCCCAAACCAAACCAGCUUUUCUGACCCAGAUGCCAGUGGGUGUGGCCGGUGGCGAGCGGGGGGAACUGAUGUCGGCAAUGUCGAGCAGCAGUAGCGGGGAAGAGUAUUCCAGAAGAGCACUUUCCCUCUCCGAAACGCUGCCAAGUGGUAGCUCUGCCCCGCCCCGCCAAAACUCUUCCGGUCCUCAGAGACGCAUCGACCAACCUCCUCCCCCGUCCUCUGCUCCCCCGGGCCCACCUCGAGGCCGGACACCUCCCAGCAUGCUUAGCGGGGGCGGAGGCUCCGCCUACCCCCCUCGCCCCGCCUCUGGCAGCAUGAUGUCAUCGAGUCCUGAUUGGCCAAGCAGCGGACAUUCGCGGCUACGUCAGGCCUCCUCCUCGUCGAAAGGAGACAGUCCUGAAAAACAACGGCCCGCUACCAAGGCUCCAUCUCCAUGUGCGUUGGAUCGCACAGCAGCCUGGUUACUCAACAUGAACUCCGCCUCUUCCUACGGCGAGACGGAAGAUGAGCGUCACGACGACGCUGCCAUAGAAAGGUACCAGCAGGACAUUGCGUUGCUCCAGGAGAAACUACGUGUGGCGGCACUGCGGCAGGAGGAGUGCGAGGCCCGCCUCCUUGUUCAGGACCAGCAGAACCAGCGUCUGCUGCAGGAAUACCAGGCUCGGCUGGAGGACACAGAGAGUCGUCUGAGGAGGCUGCAGGAUGAUAAAGAUCUCCAGAUGAACAGUAUCAUCAGCAGGUUCAUACUGUUAAUGGCUGUAGAAGAGGAGCUGAAGAAGGAUCAUUGUGACAUGCAGGCCGUGGUGGACUCCAAACAGAAGAUCAUUGAGGCACAGGAGAAGAGGAUAACCAGUCUGGAUGCUACCAACAGUCGCCUGAUGGCGGCGCUCACUCAGCUGAAGGAACGCUACGGCGUGACGUCACAGAGGAAUGGUCUGUCGCCAAGCAACACAUCAUCCUUGCAGAUCACAGAAAAUGGCGAGUUCCGGAAUUCGGGUAAUUGUUGAGGUUCCACAUGCUAACUGGCACUGGCGUCAGGAAGUACUCCCAGGAGUAGACUUGACCUUUGAACUUGAUCCUCUUCUCGCCGUUUCCUUUGGACAAGACCAUGAAAGUUUGACACCAUUUCCUGUUUGCGUACACGACUUCCUGCUUGUGCGUUGCACUGGUUGGUCCAGGAUGUCACCAGUGAAGCUUUAGCCUGACACGCGUGAGAUGUUUGCAACAGCUUCAGAAUAAAGGCUAUUUCAAGGAACAUCAUGUCGCUAGGGUCUGACCCUACCACGUCCUCAUGAUGAUGGUGAUGAUGACGAUGAUGAUGAUGGAAGUAAACCUUGUUUUGUUGUCCAAAUAAUUGGACUGCUUCCUUGUUGAUGCAGGUGUGUGUGACCACCAUCAGAUGCCUCAAGUGUUCCAAGAUAUGACCUGCCCACAACUCUUAUGAAAGCUUUAUUUGAACCUCCAUCUUCCUCCACUUACCCGGGGUGCAGCCAGGGGGGGCAGCAGUUAGCCAGUGGAGACUUCCUGGUCUCCGGCCACCUCGUCCAGCUUCAGAGGCAUCCCCAGGCCAGCUGUGAGACAUACUCCCUGUAGCAUGUCCAAGAUGCCCACAACACCUCACCCCAUCCAGCCCCCCAUGGAGGAAACUCAUUUUGGCCGCUUGUGACUGUGACCUCAUUCUUUGGGUCGAGACCAGGGGGGUUGGCUAAAUGAUUGUGAGAAAGGUGAGGUAGCACCCACAGUGACAAGUGGGGGGCACAAUCAGUAAGAGAUCCUGCAGUGCCCACAAGAGCCCCCUGCUCAAGAAGGCACGUGCACACACCUGUCCGAACCUCCAUCCAUCCAUCCACGCCUCCACCCAUCCAUUCACCCAUUCUUGCAUCCAUCCACCCCUCCAUCCAUCCAUCCAUUCACCCAUCCAUCCAUCCAUCCACCCCUCUAUCCAUCCACCCCUUUAUCCAUCCACCCCUCUAUCCAUCCACCCCUCCAUCCAUCCAUCCAUCCAUCCAUCCACCCCUCCAUCCAUUCACCGUUCACCGUUCCAGUUUAUGAAGCAGGAUUGAGGAAAGACCUUUGAAGGUGGACGAAUAGAACGGCUGCACGUUUCUCCAUCAGUUCUUCCACUGCAGUGAGAUCCUUGUGUUUGUGAAGCACACCAGCCCUGGUGCACGCUUUGCUAGUUAGCAUACGCUUGCUUAGACGCCAACGGCAGCAAACUCAGCAUUUCUUCAUAUGAAUGUUUUUGCUUUGACUGUUUCAUUUUUUUUGCAACGACAGACUGUGAGAACUAUUUUCUAUUUUGUUGAUGAAACUCAUCAGUUUGCUGGCGUAGGAUUUCCACUGCAACCACCGUGACCAAAAUGGUUCCUGAAACGUACCACUAGGCUUUUUUGGAGCCGGACUGGGAGAGGGCUCUCUUUAUCCCCAUCAUUACACGGAAAAACCAAGUGUUUGGAUUGAUAUCAGCACAGAUAUAGAUAUUUAUACCAGAAAUAACUGCUGCAACAAUGUUAAGUCUUGCUCUCCUUCACCGGGUUGUUGUUAAAUCUGCUACAUGGGGGGGGACAGGUGACUUCAUACACGCUAAACAUUAACAGCGCCUGAUAAAUGUUGCUUAAAAAGGAGUGGGAUGCAGGCUAAAACAUGCUAACACUCUGCUAGCUUGUUUCAUGAAGCUAACAGGUUCAUUUCCACGACACAGACUGACUCGGCUUAAAAAACACAAAAAAGGGGUGACAUGUAAAGAGCCUUUUCGUUUGCCUUUCUCCUCUCUCCUUUUUCUUUCUUCACCCCCAGACGUGAUUGACGAGGUGUUACUUCUUCAUAUUUGGACUUUAUUCUUGUCUAAUUACUUCCGCUAAGUUGUUCAAUAUUCUUUUUCCAAGCAUUCCAACGUGAUUCAAGUCUAUUCUAUUAAAAUGAUGUUGUUUGUCCUCA